AUGGCCUAUGAGCCAGCCGAAGAGUCGACUGCGGACAAUGGUAACUUUUUCGGGGAAGGCUUCAAUGGCUUUCCACGGCAACUUCCCGAAAACUGCGUCGAGUAUAUCAUUCUGAUCAUUGACAACCAAUUGGAAGCGCGCAAGGUUUUGUCCUCGUUAGAAGCCGUUCGAAAAGCUGCAGUGCGACUUACUGAGAAAUUGACCAAGGACUACAUAUGGCAGCGGGAUGGACUGCAACUUGAUGUGCAGAGCGACAAGGGACUCGUUUACUUGCGUGGUACCAGCUACUAUGGCGACUCUGUUGAAGACGAAUGGCUGAUUGUCUAUCUGCUCCGAGAGCUCUCCAAGUCCUUUCCGAAUCUGUGGAUUCGCGUGUUCGACAGCGACGGAGAAUUCUUGUUAGUCGAAGCUGCCAACGUGCUGCCCUCGUGGUUGAGCCCCGAGGUCGAUAGUAAUCGUGUGUGGAUUCACCAGGAGAAGCUGUUCAUCAUCCCGCUAGACAAGAACCCUCAUGGAAAACGACCGUUGACCCUGGAGGAUGCUGUCCAUCAUCUCAAAACGGAACCACGGUCAAAUCUUGUUCAUUCCUCGUUCAUCGAGGCGGAGGCUUUCUAUCGCCUUGAGAAGUAUCCUGGCCAGAUCAACGACUCACUCCAUCAUUCGCUUGCCACCAUUCCGCGGAAGCUGGCGUACAUACUACACGAGAAGCCCACGGCCAUUGCUCUUGCUGUCGAGGCAUUCUAUCUCAGAGACCCCAUCUCCAUGAAAUCCUUACUAUCCCCCAUGCCAGAACUCAAAUUUCCCCCUCAGGAUUUGGUCACUGUCAGUGUCAAGUUUACCAAAGUUCUGUACGCUCAAUUGAAAUCUCAGCGGUUCACGCAACCCCCGGCAUGGGUUCCUGUCAUCGAGGCGGCCGAAAAGGGGAUAUCAGGUGCAGCCGAGUCUCAGCAGUCUCUUGAUCGACUGGAGCUUGGCAUGAAGAUUACAAGCGGUUCUGAAAUGCUAGCCACCAAUGCUGAGACGAAAGAUAGUCGUAUAGCACGCGAGGUUGCUAUUCUCCUAGACGAUCUCGAAGAAGACGGAGAUUCAAUACUCCCAAGCGAUGCCCUAAUCCAGGCAUGGCCAAACGUCUCACGAGACGAUGACGAUUCGUGGAUGGACAUCAACUAUGCAGAUUUUGAAGAUCAACUUGACGGCAGGGGCGCCGCUGCAAGAGAGAAGAAAUCCGGAUUUGGCGACACAGCGGCGCAAGCUGAUCUGCAGAAAAUCGUAUCACGUUUCGAGUCUUUCUUGAACGAUGAGACCGCCGGCUACGAAGGCGCAGAAUUGAACGACAUGGAUUUUGACGACGACGACUCCUCGGACGACGAUGAGAAUAGCGAAGAUGAAGACAAGGAUGUCAGUUUCGAUGAAGAACAAUUCUCUCGCAUGAUGAGAGAGAUGAUGGGUAUGCCAUCCGAGGCGCAAGCAAAGCCGAGCUAUGAUGUCAAGGCGAAGGCGCGACAGGGGGAUUCGGACUGGCCCAAACAAAAGGUGCAAAGCGAAGACGAUGACAAAGAAGACGAAGAAAAGGCGAUUCGACAGCUUGCAGCACAGAUGGAGUCGGAAUUGAACGAGCAUGGUGCCCUGAGGCUUGAUUCCAAACCUGAAAAGACCAAGGCACUGAAGCAGAGAGGCGAUCAAACAAGCGCAGAGGCGGAAGGGGGCAUCACGCACGGGGAGACGGACGAUGGCAGCAGCGAUGAGGAGAUCGACAUUGAUUACAAUCUUGCAAAGAAUCUGCUGGAAAGCUUCAAGGGCCAGGUCGGAAUGGCAGGACCCGCCGGGAAUAUUUUGGGUAUGAUGGGGAUGAAACUGCCACGAGAUGAGGACGAGGAUGAGGACGAGAAGAACAAAGAUUAA